AUGGAUGUUGAGACUGUUCCCUCAAUUACUCAAGUUGAACAAAUAAUAGACCAACUCUAUGGAAGUUUUGAUCCUCAAUAUCAGAAAUCUGCACAAGAAUAUUUACAUAACCUUCAAAAACAACAACACGCCUGGGAAUUAGCAUCUCAGUUAUUAGCUUCCCAGUCUGUAAAUUCUCGAUUCUUUGGAGCUCAUACCCUUCAAAUAAAACUUUCUAGAGACUGGAAUACUUUAUCACCAGAAAAAAGAGAAUGGAUUCAUAAAAUAUUACUUGGAUGGAUUGUACAUCUUUCUAAUGGUCCUAAUGUUGUUAUUACAAAACUUUGUUUGGCUCUCACUGCAUUUGCUCUCCAAGCUGUACCUGACAUUUGGCCAAAUUUUAUACCUAAUUUUUUUGAAAUUUUACAAUCGAGCGCUGUAGCUGCCACUUCUUCACAAAACGAAGGCGUGACUUUAUUUGUUGAAAUACCAUUAUUGGAAUUCUUGACAGUUGUACCCGAAGAAGUUUCAAGGGCUGAUUUAAUUGGUGAUCGAAAAGCCAAGGUCAAUCAAGAGCUUAUUAAUUCUAUACCAAUUGUUCUUUCAACUUUGAGAAAUUUGUUGGCAGAUUAUCAUGGAGAUCCUGAUCGAAUGUUACUGUUGAAACAAAAAAGCAUACGAUGUUUACAAAGUUGGAUUAUUUACGGCGUUCCAUUUGAAUCAUUGCUUCCAUUAAUUGAUAAUGUAAUUAACCUUCUUCCAAUCGAAUCAACAAAUGACUUAGCAACAGAAGUUUUGGUUGAAUUUAUGUUACAACCACAUAGCAGAUCAUAUCAGAAUACUGUAUGUGAAAAAAUGCUUUGUUGCAUGACAAGUGAUUGGGCAAAGUCUCAAAUAACUAAAUCAAUAAAUGAAUCUGAUGAAGCUUCAGCAAGAAAUCUUUGUCGAAUAAUGACAACAUUUGGUGAAAAUUUUACUGAUUAUAUUGCCAUUCAUUUUUUACGUGAAGAUGUUAUUAUUUAUUUGGAAAUGAUGUUGAUGUUUGCUGGAUUUCCUGGAUAUUUUGAAUCAUUAUUUGAUUCUGAUGUUAUCCCAAUUCAAAUUAAUAAAAUCAUUGAAGAUGAGGAAGAAAAUGAAUUUAAUUCUUCCGCUGCCACCAAACAAAACCUUUCAACAAAUACUAUGGGCAUUGAGCAAGCUCAAAAAAUACACGAAGCUUCUUUGGUUGUUUACCAACGAUUGAUUGAAGUAUUAAAAAUGAAAGUUCAAUAUCCUCCAGAUUUAGAAUGGGUUGAGUGGGUUAAAGAUAUGAAAGAAAGAUUUAAAAAUUAUCGUAGAGAUGUUGGUGAUACCAUUAUGAAUUCUUAUUAUAUAUUAAGAGGAAGAAUGCUUGCAUAUUUAAUUGAUCUGUUAAUUAAUCAGUUGAAUACAACCGGAAGGGAUAUUACUCAAUGGCAGGAAAUAGAAGCGGCAUUAUUUUGCUUAAAAUCUAUUUCAGAAGUUGUUGAACAUGAUGAAAAUGUUUAUUUACUGCGUCUAUUUAAUACAGAUGUUUUUGGUAAUUUACCUAUACAAACAAAUGCAAGAAUAAGAAAUACCGCCUUAUCUCUGAUUGGCUCUUACGCAGAAUGGUUUAAAGUUCAUUCUCAAUACAUAUUACCAGCUCUUAAUUACUUGGUACCAGCAUUGAGUGAUUCUGACUCAGCAUUUACCGCUGCUAAUUCUUUUAAAGAAAUUUGUGACACAUGUCGUAAUUCUUUGGUUGAUGGCAUUGAUAAUUUAAUUAAUAUAGAUAAACAAAAAAUUAUCGAGUCAAUAGCAGAUACAAUUACAAGUGACAUUAUUAAAACAACAAAAGAAAUUAUAUUACAUGCCAAACAAAAUCCAUCACAAUUUCAUGACAUUAUUAUAACUCAAUUAGAAUAUUUGACAGCAUGUGGUCCUUCCUCUGAUGUGAUAAAAUCUAAUGAUGAGGUUUUAAUUUCAUUCCAGGCCAAAGGACUUACUGAUUCAUUUUCAGAAAUUGUACAAAAUGUCGCAGAAGUUUGGUAUAAUGAUAACGAAGUUAUAAAUUGUCUUUGUAAAUUUCUUAAUACCGGAAUACGUACAACUUUAAAUUUAUUUUCAAUACCUAUCGAAGUAAUUGUGCCGUUAAUUCAAUUAUCAUAUCAAAGAUAUCCACAUUGUUAUUGGUUGGAUACAGCAGUUCAAACUGUAACAGUUUAUGGAGUUUCAUUUGAGUACGAGUCAGCAUUAAGCAAAUUAUUAUUAUCUAUUACAACCACAACUUUUCAAUUUGUUAAAAACAAAGCUGACAUGGAAAAUUACCCGGAUAUGGUACAUUCGUUCUUUGAGCUUUUGACAAAGUAUCUUACAAAAUGCCCUAUUGCAUUAUAUACGUUACCAUCAGAAAUAUUUGACAAUAUUUUAAAAUUCUCUGUGGCUGGUUUAGGAUUACAAGAAAGACUCGCUUUAAGAUCUGCAGUCGCUUUUAUGGGAGAAUUUAUAGGACAACAUUACAAAGAUGAUAGAAUUACAAAUAUGGUAGAAAAUAUAAUUAGAACUUAUGGUUUAGAAAUUACGAGAGAAUUGUUAUUUGGAAUUGGUGGGAAUUUACCAAGAUCAUUAAUUCCACAAUUAUCAACUGCGCGUGAACAUUUACUUACACUUUCUCCACAAAAUCGCGAGACAUUAAAUUUGAUCGAAAGUGCAUUAUUCGUUGUUAAUUUAGAUGAUUAUUCGUCCGGUGACAAUCUAGAUCAAUUUCUUGGAAACAUAUUCCAUGGAAAUGGCUAUAAUCGUUGGUUUGACAAGUCAAUGUCUAUAAUAGUGGAAAGUAAUGUAGGGGCAGGUAUGCACGGUGAGCAUUCUCCAGUUACUGUAUUACACUCUUCAGAAUAUGCCAAGUGUCCUCCGAAUGCAUAUAUUCAAAUGGUUAUUCAAUUAGCAUAUUACAAACUUCACAGAAAAGUCGUCCCGACUUAUGAAACAGGUUCAACUCGACAAUUUAGUCAUGGCUGUACUGAGACCAUAAGAACAUUGAGUGCGGAGAAAUCUGAUGAAGCUUCAGCAAGAAAUCUUUGUCGAAUAAUGACAACAUUUGGUGAAAAUUUUACUGAUUAUAUUGCCAUUCAUUUUUUACGUGAAGAUGUUAUUAUUUAUUUGGAAAUGAUGUUGAUGUUUGCUGGAUUUCCUGGAUAUUUUGAAUCAUUAUUUGAUUCUGAUGUUAUCCCAAUUCAAAUUAAUAAAUUUAAUUCUUCCGCUGCCACCAAACAAAACCUUUCAACAAAUACUAUGGGCAUUGAGCAAGCUCAAAAAAUACACGAAGCUUCUUUGGUUGUUUACCAACGAUUGAUUGAAGUAUUAAAAAUGAAAGUUCAAUAUCCUCCAGAUUUAGAAUGGGUUGAGUGGGUUAAAGAAAUUGACAAGUAUUCAUGCAAUAUCAUCAGGAAAAUGUCUUUAACUAUAUUUAAUGAAGAAUAUGAAACAAACGAUGAUGGUGAUGAUGAAAUUUCACACAUUAAAAGAAAUAUAACAUUAUUAAUAUCAAGUUCAUUUAAAAACGUCAAUUAA